UGUAAAGAGGGGGUCGCUGCAUUAGUCAACAAAAGCCUGACAAGGCCCCGCCCAUCGGGAGACUUGUGAAAAGUCUCUGAAAUCUAAUUGGGCUACAUUGAUGACGAACUGGUGGAUCUCGUCUGCGAAUUGGCCCGCAGACCUGUCAGACAACAGCUGAGGACCAAUCAAAACUCCGUAUUUUACAUCGCCCCGCUCUCUUGGUGACGUAUGGGUCAUGUGAUGUUUGUGGCCCGCAGAGGAGCUAACUGAGCCGCGCUCACGGACGCUCGCCGAGGCGGUCAUGUCGGUCCCGGUGGGCUUUAAUUCUUGAAAAAGUAAGGCGGAGGAUCAGCUGCUGAACGGACAAAACCCGCAUUCAGUGACUCGGGAGCGUACCUAGCGCGGAUCAGCACCGGGACCGCGCGGCUCACAUUAGCCGGCCUAGCCGGAGCCGCGAGCCCGUCUCCCAAAACAAGAAUGGGGUCUGGCUCUGCGCGGGUUCGCCUGCUGGGAAAGUGACCUUUGGUUUCUGUGAUGGAUCUAACGAACCACCCGGAAGGGGGGGGCGCCGUGAUGAUGGUGGAGGCCCCGCAGGGGGAGCCGGUGAGGAGAGCCGCGGUCACCAACGGAGCUGGCUCGGUGCGGGAACCCCCGUCCCCGGUAAUCGGCACCGGCUCCCGUUUCCACCCCCACCACCACAGCCUGCAGCAGCCCUCCCGGGAGCCGCAGUUUCAUCUCUUUGGGGAGAAGAGCACCGAGUCUCCGGGCCGGAGAGCCUGCCCAUCGCUCGGCCAGCUCCCCGCCGCCGAGGAGCCCCCCGCGGGCGGCGGUGCCCAUGUGUUGGCGGCCGUGCACGUCGCGAGCGCCUCUGACGCGGUGGAAGACAUCCGGAAAUGCGGAUACCUGAGGAAGCAGAAACACGGACACAAGCGCUUCUUCGUGCUCCGAGCCGCCGGGCCGCUCGGACCCAGCCGCCUGGAGUACUACGACAGCGAGAAGAAGUUCCGGAGCAGCCUCCGCCACGCUGCGGGGGCCCCCGGAGCCGCCGCGGCCGCGCCUUCCCCUCCGAAAAGAGUGAUCUUCCUGUCCCAGUGCUUCACGGUCAACAAGCGGGCGGACUCCAAGAACAAAUACCUGAUCGCGCUCUACACCAAAGACGAGUACUUCGCCAUCGUGGCCGAGAGCGAGCAGGAGCAGGAGGACUGGUACGUGGCCGUCAGCGCUCUGAUGAGUGAAGGCAAGCGUGGCCAUGUGGACUCUGAUGACCUGGAUGAUGGGUACGGUACCGUCAGUCCCGGUACCGUGUUCAAAGAGGUGUGGCAGGUCAAUGUGAAACCUAAAGGACUAGGUCAGACCAAAAACCUGACCGGCGUGUACCGUCUGUGCCUCUCUGCCAAAACCGUUCACCUGGUGAAGCUGAACUCCGACAACCCCUGUGUCAACCUGCAGCUGAUGAACAUCCGGCGCUGUGGACAUUCAGAGAGCUUCUUCUUCAUCGAGGUGGGCCGCUCCUCUUCUAUCGGGCCCGGGGAGAUCUGGAUGCAGGUGGAUGACUCUGUUGUGGCCCAGAGCAUGCACGAGACCAUCCUGGAGACCAUGAAAGCCCUCAAGGCUUUCGCAGAGUUCCGGCCCAGGAGCAAGAGUCAGUCUUCGAGCUCCAACCCCAUGCCCUUCAUCACCACGCGCCGCCACCUGGGCAACCUGCCUCCAAGCCAGACUGGGCUGCAGCGCCGAUCCAGAACGGAGUCGGUGGUCGGGACCCCUCCGUCCAGUAAGAGCUCAGGGGCGAGCGGUUAUCGCUUCCGGACCUCCAGUGAGGGAGAGGGAACCAUGAACCGGCCGUUCCGCUCUGCCACGGGGAGCCUGGUGCAUCUGAACUCAACGCGGGCCCUCCAUGGGCGUCAGGACGCUACUGGCGGCGUCUCUGGAAGUGGGGGGGCUACAGGCAGUUCUGGCACCAGCAGCGGGCGCUACACGAAGGCCAUAUCCGGGACAUCCUCUUCCUACCACGCUCGCUCAUCCUCCCUGCCUGUCUCCCACUUCCCCUCCACCAGCAGCCCGGUCAGCGUGUCCUCCAGCAGCGGGCAUGGCUCCGUGUCGGACACGCUCACCCGCCCAUCCAGCGCCUCCAUAUGCGGCUCGCCGUCUGACGGGGGCUUCAACUCUUCUGACGAGUACGGAUCCAGUCCGGGGGACUUUCGGUACUUUAGGGUGAGGAGUAACACGCCCGACUCUCUGGGCAACACCCCCCCAAUCAGAGAGGAGAGCUGUCUUAAUGAUUACAUGGCCAUGGGCUGGAACCGAGAUGUUUUUGGUGGUGCGGGGGACGCUUCCCGUGAGGAGAGCACCUCAACAGCCGAUGACGACCGCUUGUCCUCCUCAUCUCUGAGGAGGAGGACGCACUCUUUCUCCAGAUCUGCAGGGGGGGCAACUGGAGGCUGUGGUGUGGCGGUUUAUCAGAAGAUGACCCAGACCAACCUCUCAUUGGAUGAGGGCUCGGAUGUGGCGCUGCCGUUUGGUGCCGGGCUGCUCCGGGGAGGGCCCUCCUCCUCCACUUCCUCGCUCCGCUCUGAUUACAGCUCCUGUUCAGAACACAGCCAGCAGAGCCGGCCCUCCACCCUCCCCAGGACUGAGGCUGCUGCUGAGCGCCCACCCCUCUGUGCCCAGGAGGAUAGCGGCUACAUGCCCAUGAUGUGUGGCGUCGCUGCAUCGCCGCGGGACACCCCCCCUGACUACAUGCCUAUGCAACCCAGCUCCUACCCCCAACACAACUCCCAUUCCCCCCAGUUUCACAGCCGUUCACCCCACCGACCCACACAGCCGCAGGCCUCCACAGACGCUCAAGGCUACAUGAUGAUGCUCCCUGGGGGCGGGGGCUGCACGUCUUCAGUGCUGCAGGCCUCACCCAGUCCUCCCAGUAGUUCCAGUUCAUCUGCUGCUACUGGAAGCUGCAGGGGUGGGGGGGGCGAGAAUGGAGAGUACAUGGACAUGUCUUACAGCAGCGGGCACAGGCUCUCAAGUGCCACAGGUGGCCCCCCUGAAGGAGCCCCCAAGUCUUACAGCCCCUACUUCUCCCUCCCACGCUCCUAUAAGACCCCCACCAGAGAGAGGGAUGGAGAGUAUGUACCCAUGAGCCCCCCUGCCAAGCCAGUGUCCAUACAGGAUAGAAGGGCGGUGGGGGGUUCUAGCACCUCUACCCCCUCCCACCCCCCACCGCCUUACGGCGCCCACCACACGACCGCGGUGCCGGCGGAGCGGCACGUCCUGAGGCCCACACGUCUGCCUCUGGGCAGGAGGAGUUUCCACGGCCCGCUCCCGGUGACUGAAGCCUCCACCUCAGUGGCCCCCCCCAGCUACUCUGAGGGUCCUUCCAGUCCUGGGGAGUACAUCAACAUUGAGUUUGGGGAUCAGUUUCCUCACCAACAGCAGCCUCCUGCCUAUCCUCUCUCUGCCCCAGAUGAAGAGACCCCCCUUGGACCCUGCUGUUCGCCCCCCCAACCCCAGGACUACAUGAGUGUUGAGGUGGGGGGUCUGGGAAAGAACCAGUCGCCCAGGCCUAGCCUUGUUGCCCCCUGGAACCCCCCCAGCUAUAUCAGACCUUUAGCUAGUAACCCUGGGGCGCAUGAUGGGGGGCACUGGAAGUCAGUGGGAGAAGAUUACACUGACAUGACCUUUAACCUCAGUGGGGGUGGGAAAGCUCAGAGCACUACAGCUAUGCUGCAGCAUCUCUGCGUGAUGGAGGGGCAUUACAAACACACCUUCUCCUCACCCGUUUCUCCCCCCUGCCUGAACCGGCCACCCACGCAGCAGUCGGAGCCCAAAGUGGUACGAGCUGACCCCCAAGGCAGAAGAAGACACAGUUCAGAGACGUUCUCUUCCAGCUCCACCCCUGCAGGAGAAGGGCUCAGCUCCUCCCCCCCCAACUCCUCACAGGCUGACCCCACAGCCCACUGUGAGUCUUACCUGGUGGGGGGACAAGCUUCCAGAUGGGCCAACUCAGCAUCCUUUGACUGUGUGUGGAUGUCUGUGGAGGGGGUCAGAGACUCGCCAGCUCCCCAUGACUCACCAGGAGCCACAGAGGCCCCGCCCCCUUUCUCUGCCGCAGAGGCCGGAUCCGGCAGAAUGUGCAGGAACGCGUCUGCCGGCUUCCAGAACGGACUCAACUACAUCGCCUUGGAGCUAAGGGAGGAAGGGGUGAACACGGAGGCCGUGGCGUCUGGAGCGACCGGCACCAACGGGGACACAGCUGGGGAGGGAACGGUGCCUCCGCCUGAGAACGGAGCCUAUGCCAGUAUAGACUUCACCAAAACGGACGGAGUCGCAGCUGCCAAGGGGGGACUAUAAUGGAGGACGUCAGGCAUGUUGGGACAGUAGACUGGGCAAGAGACUGGUUGAAAAUCCUGGUAAGGACUCCAGCCAGCUGGUCCGCGCAGUCCUUCAGAACGCGUCCAGAGACACCAUCGGGUCCAGCAGCUUUCCUGGGGUUGACGGUCUUCAGUAUGCUCCUCACCUCUUGCUCCUUCACGGUGAAGCUGAGGCUGCUGUGUGCCACUGGGUGGGGACGUGUGGGUGUGUCCGAGUUUUCUACCUCGAAGCGAGUGAAUAAGAGAUUCAGCUCCUCUGCCAGCGAGGAGUCAGCUUCGGCAGCACGAGGGGUGGUCCUGUAGUUGGUAAGAUGCUGGACCCCCUUCCACACCUCCCUGCUGUUGUUGCUGUCCAACCAGCCUUCAAUCCUCCUUUUGUAAUCCAUUUUGGCCUUCUUGAUGCCUCUCUUCAGGUUGGCUCGGGUUGAGCUGUAAAGAACCCUAUCGCCAGACCUGAAGGCAGUGUUCCUCUCCCUCAGCAGCUGCUGGACCUCCCGGUUCAUCCAGGGCUUUCUGUUGGGGUACACCCUAAUGUGCUUGUCCACCGUAACAGUGUCUAUGCAGUUCUUAAUGUAACACAGCACACUGUCUGUGAACACCUCCAGGUCUGGAUGUUCAAAGACGUCCCAGUUGGUCCUCUCGAAACAGUCCUGCAGCUGCUGAGAGGCCCCAUCAGGCCAUAUUUUUACUGUUUUCUUAAUGGUGGGAGCAGUUUUCUUAAGGGGGUUAUAUGCAGGAAUUAGGAGCAGGGACAGGUGAUCAGACUGGCCCAGGUGAGGUAGUGGUCUAUCCCUGAAGCCUAGCUUAAUGUUUGUGUAAACCUUAUCCAGAGUCUUAGCUUCUCUGGUGGUGCACUUAACAUGCUGGUGAAGGUUAGGAAGCACUGGCUUUAAGUCCACGUGGUUGAAAUCCCCUGCUAUGAUGUGCACAGCGUCAGGAUACCUGCUCUGCUGCCUGCUAAUGCUGUCAUGUGAAUGUCCGAUAGCUGAGUUAACAUUAGCGUCUGGUGGAAUGUAAACAGCAGUAACCAUGACCACAGUAAACUCCCUCGGGAGAUAGAUGGGCCUGCAUCUGACAGUCACAUACUCCAGGUCCGAAGAGCAGUGAUUGUCUACAGUCUUGGUGUUUGUACACCAGUUGUUGUUGACAUAAACACACAACCCCCCUCCUCUGCUCUUCCCGGAGUCCUUCGUCCGGUCAUGGCGCUUAGCGGUAUAGCCUGCUAGCUGGAUAGCAGAGUCCGGGAUGAGAGGAUGGAGCCAGGUCUCUGUGAUCAACAAAAUGCAACUGUCCUUCAAGAUCUUGUUGUUCACAAUCCGUAGCCUUAGUUCAUCCAUCUUGUUGACGAGUGAUCUGGCGUUCGUCAAAAAAAAGGCUGGGAAGCGGUGGUCUCUGUGGCCGUCUCCUUAGCCUGGCAAGUGCUCCGGCUCUGCAACCUCUCUUUUGCUUCCUGUCCCUCCGCCUUCGCUUCCUUACCGCGGGGGUUGUGAGCCACCUGGAGCCGGGGUCCCUCGCUAUGUCCACCGGAAUCUUUUGCGAGCUGACAAACUCGGCUGCGAUAUUCCGGUCGCAACAGACUCCUAUUUUAAGGAGAUCUAGGCGGCUGUAGAUGUUGCUAACUCCCAUGGUGUACACGGAACAGACAAAAGUAACACAAACAAAAAUACGCGAAGAAACCGUAAAAA